AAUCAAUCCUUUGGACUGCGGUUUGUGCCUUGGUGCUAAAAUACUGAACACAAAAGGAACGAAACCAUGUUGUUUUGUUCCGCAAUAAUACCAAACGGGAAGGACAGCUGAACAUUUCACCUCGACGAGAUGCUUUCGAGGCAGAGUUCACGGCCUUAUACCGUGGGAAGCUUUCGCAUGAAACUUGCCUUGUUCGAGCAGUUUAUCCAAGAGUUUACUUACGUCGACGAAGAACUCAAUCCUGAGGAGAGACAACAGAUUUUACAAGCUCGUUUGACAAACGGUUAUGAGCCUUUUUGCGAAGCGAUCCGUAAACUGUUUGGCAACGACGUUAGCACUCAAGACCUCAAGGCCUUGUUUAGGAAGAUAGCCUUGAAUCCUGAUGCUGAAGUGGACUGGAGUGAGCUGUUUGGUAUUGGUGGUUCCACUGAUGAAGUCCCUGACUUACUGUUAAACGAAGACACAUCGUCAGUUAUAACCACAAGCAAAAGAAGAUCUGUAGGAGAGGUAGGAGGGGACAAGAAAAGACGUGAUGUUGUGCAGUGUAUUGUUCAUGUUCCAAAGUAUGACUUCUACAUCAUUGCCUCACAGAAGGGCAUCAUUUGUCAGUGGAGUAGCAAGUUUCGACUCCAGUCCUGCAUUGACUUGAAUGAGUCAUCAUGGGUUACAGGCUGUGGCUUUUUGCCAAGUCUUAGGAGGAUAGCGGUUACAUCUGAAAGAGCAUUGUCUUUAUGGGACUACAGAGCAAAGAGAAAGCAAUUGACCAUUUAUCAAAUCAAGCCAAUGGAAAACUCCCCUCAGUGUAUGAUCUAUAUUCCAUGGAAGACUGAAUCAAUGAAUGAAGACACAAUUCUUUUUGGAGAUGACCAAGGGUAUGUAAACAUGAUGACUGUGUCUUCUAAGGACCUUCAUAUGAAGAACUCAACUGCAUCUGGUAAAACAGAUUCUCAGAUUGUGACUAUUGAUCCAAGCAAACUAACCUAUGCAAUACAAGGAAGAAAAUUCCACGAUGACUGGGUGAUCAAGCUUAAGUAUUUUCCUCAACUGGAGAUGUUUGGAUCUUGUUCGCCAAGCAGCAGUUGUUCUUUUAUCUUGGGAAGCAUUGAAAGAGUUUUGGAUAACAGCCCUGUCAGAGAGCUUGCUGUUCCAAAGGGAGUCAACUGCUUUGAUUACUGUACAAAAGCUAAUGUCAUAAUUACAGCUGGGGCAGACAAGGUUAUCAGAGUGUGGCAUCCACUCAUAUUCACAAGGCCAACAGGAAAGCUUCUUGGCCAUCUGUUCACCAUUGUUGAUGUCGCAGUUAAUGAAAAGGAUCAGCAACUCAUCAGCUUAUCAACAGCACGAGUGUUUAGGGUGUGGGACAUCCAGACUUUGUCAUGUCUACAGGUAUUUACAGACAAUGAAGUAAGGCCAGGAGAAAAACGCAUCUCUUGCAUGCUUUUUGAUGCUAAGCAUGACAGACUCAUUACAGGUUGUAGUGUGAUUGACACCUGGCCACUCACAAGAGCCAUCCAGGACUCCCUUCAGGUGCCACAUACUCAUGACAGGCCCAUCUGCCAGCUGCUGUAUAAUCCCCAGAUGAACCAGGUCAUAAGUGGUUGUACUGAAGGAAUUCUCAAGGUUUGGGAAAUGGAGACAGGUCAGUUUGUAUACCAGGUAACUGAUGCCCAUGGCCCAUCCACUGAGAUCACAGCCAUGACAGUUGACAGCUCUGGCUACAGGCUCGCCACUGGAGCAUACAAUGGUUCUAUAAAAGUGUGGGAUUUCGGCAGUGGGCAGCUGUAUAAGAAGUAUCCAGAUGAACAGACCAAGAAGCGUCAUGAAGACACUGUAACCGGGCUGGCUUAUCACACAAUCUACAACAAGAGGUGCUUGCUGGCCUCCUCAUGGGGGAACAAGAUACGAAUCAUGGAGGACCCGGCUGAAGUAGCAACUCUUAUUGAACUGAAGGUUUUGAGCGAUCUCUUUGUCCCACCAGAACCCUCGCAUAAUGACAAAGAUGAACAAGGACCUUUUAUUUCAAGAGCUCCGCUACCCACCAUUGGAGAAACCCAGGAGGUCAAAUCAAGCAAUGAAGAACAUGUCCUUUCGCUCUGUGAAGUGACUUGUCUGGAACACGUGUCGCCUUUGCUCUUCGCUGGUACAACUAGUGGAGCAGUGAUCAUGUGGAAUUUGGAGACAGAGAAAAUCGUCUUAAGGUGUGAACCGCCAAGAUCUAGAAGUGCAAACAGUAGCAAGCACAGGCGCAAUCACCGAGAUGAUCAGCUGGUGUACCGAUGCCUCUACCUUGUUCAUCGUGUCAGGAAACCAGUCAUAUAUGGCAAAGGGUAUAAUUUUUUUUUUAUUGCAAUAACAUUACAUUACAUACAAAAAUUACCUGCUCUUCUUACAAUGUUAACCAAGAAGCUUCUUGGCGUUUUCAAGCUCAAUGAGUCACUGCUCAAGUGCAUGAAAGUAGACAGGCCUGAAACCUGUAGAUUUUCAUACAAGCAACACCUUUUUUUGGAAUUAGGUUCUAUAAAAGUGUGGGAUUUCGGCAGUGGGCAGCUGUAUAAGAAGUAUCCAGAUGAACAGACCAAGAAGCGUCAUGAAGACACUGUAACCGGGCUGGCUUAUCACACAAUCUACAACAAGAGGUGCUUGCUGGCCUCCUCAUGGGGGAACAAGAUACGAAUCAUGGAGGACCCGGCUGAAGUAGCAACUCUUAUUGAACUGAAGGUUUUGAGCGAUCUCUUUGUCCCACCAGAACCCUCGCAUAAUGACAAAGAUGAACAAGGACCUUUUAUUUCAAGAGCUCCGCUACCCACCAUUGGAGAAACCCAGGAGGUCAAAUCAAGCAAUGAAGAACAUGUCCUUUCGCUCUGUGAAGUGACUUGUCUGGAACACGUGUCGCCUUUGCUCUUCGCUGGUACAACUAGUGGAGCAGUGAUCAUGUGGAAUUUGGAGACAGAGAAAAUCGUCUUAAGGUGUGAACCGCCAAGAUCUAGAAGUGCAAACAGUAGCAAGCACAGGCGCAAUCACCGAGAUGAUCAGCUGGUGUACCGAUGCCUCUACCUUGUUCAUCGUGUCAGGAAACCAGUCAUAUAUGGCAAAGGCAAUACCAACUACCAAGUGUUAGAUAAUCAAAGAGAUCAAAUCAGUGCUAAUGAAGGAGAGGCAAGUGACACUCGUACUGAAGAGCAGAAUGGAAUUUCAGUCAAAGACGGAAGAGUAAAGACUGAUCAUACAAAUCAGGAGCAGAUGGAAGAAGAGCGCGAGGAUAAAGAAAACAAAGAAAAUGGCGAAGACGAGGGGGAGCACAGAGAGGAAGAGACCGAGGAACAUGGCAACAAAAAUGAUAACGAGAAUGCGCACGACGACGAAAAGGAAGGUGGAGUCAAUGAAGAAGCUGUGUUUGGCGCGUUUUUACAAGUUAGUGAGCCAGCGUUAGUGUCUUCUCAUCAUGACGGGUUUCUACGCUUCUGGAAUUUAUCGGGAACACUGUUAUCAGAGAUACGUGCGAUAACCAGAAGGCAGGCAUCAGCAGUGACAGCUAUGUGCACAGAUCCAGACUGCAACUUUGUUAUCAGCGGAGAUGCAAGGGGCUACAUCACUGUGUGGGAUGUUGGCAACUUUCUUCUCGAUCCUCCAUCCGAGAAAAGUGAUGGAGACCACCGGGAAGAUGAACAGGAAAGUAACAAGGAGGAAAGCAAAAAAGAACCCAAGAAUGUAAUCAAGCAGAUCGUUUGCUGGCGAGGGCACCUCACUCGUGUUGUUGGACUGGAGCACGUGCAAAGUGCUGACGUCAUCGUGUCUGCGUCAACUGACUGUUCUGUAAGGGUGUGGUAUCGUAAUACAGGUCAUUUUAUUGGCUUUUUUAGUCAGCCUCGUCUGUGGCAUAUGCCAUCUUCCAAGUCUGUUCCCUCCACACCAGUCAAACCCUACGACAUCUCAGAGGGCCCUAUUAAAACGUUAAAAAACGUAGCCACCAAGGCAGUCCAGAAGACAACUGACAGCGGUGUGGAUUGCCCGCUCAUGUUCGAUGACACAAGAUGGCUGCCGUUCAGACAUUCCGCCCAAAAAGAAACAAAACCCAAAGGCGACAACAAGAAAUUCUUUGAUUCUCUAUCAAAACCAAAGCAUUACAACUCUCACCUGGAGAGUACGAGUUCAGGAUCCCCAGAGACUGGGGCGGUGUACAGAGCACUUCCGGUGUACAAGAUUGAGACUCCAGAAAGACUUAAGACACCAGCCAUUAACAUGCAGUCAUCAUGGCUCACAAAUCAGGCACAGAACCAAAAGGGGCAUGGUAACAAGUCCACAUUUGCUUAUAGAUCAUCGUCUUCAACUCGGGAGCCUGUGGUGUCAAGAUUUCCACACAUUGUGCAAGGUCACAAGAGAUAACACAAGAGCAGGGGGGCCUCCCCCUCCCCCGCCCCCCAGCGCCAUUGCCUCACCCGGAUAAGAGACAUGUCAUCCCCAGUCUGCUAAGAUGGUCCGUUUCACAGUCGUUUUUUUAUCGUAACGUCUCCGCUUGGGAUGAAUCAUGAUAAGUGAUGUUUUAGAAGGAAUCUCUGUUAUUUAUCCCUCCUCCGUAUCGGCUAAAGAUAUUUAGUAGAAUUCUACUUGUACGUUUAUGCAAACGCUGCAAUCUGAUGGGCCGAGCUACGGUACACUAUCAGUCAUUGGUUUGAAGUGGCUCGAGGUCGUCCACAUAGCAAUGAUGUUUUCUCGUUUCUGCAAAGUUUUGGUGGACGAUUUAGAAGAAAGUACUGGAUAAUUCAAUUCUGAGAAGACUAAAAGACGGACAUUGACCCAUAAUGCUCCUUGGAAAACUCAAAAAGUUCUUAUGGCAUUGAUGAUACAGAUGGUUGACAGGCCAAACACGACUCCUGUUGAUCAAGAUAGGAGAACUUUGACCUUCAAAGCUUUGCUCUAACGAGUACAUUUUUCAAAAUUUAUUUUUAAAGUUGGCUUGAUAGCUUCACUGGAUUCAUUGGCUAGCGCGACACCUGUACCACAGAGGUCGUGGGUUCGAUUCCGUUUAAAACUGCCGAAUAUCUGUAAGUAACUACAUUGAUCUCUCAUGUCUUGGCAAGCUAGAA